CUUCCGUCUCCUCCUCGUAGGGGACAUUUUGUUUCGGUGAGGCUGCACCUGGCGGUGGCUCUGUAACACUUGGGUGAGCCGCAGGUGGAGCUGUCGGGAAAGCGCGGAGAUGUUGUCUCCGGUGUCCGCAGACUCGCCCGAAGCUCUGCGGAGACGGAAGUGCCUGCGUCCCGGAUCGAGACGUCUGCCACUCCCAGCAGCUGUCCGCGCCCACGAUCCUGUGACGGAGCUAAGCGACUCCGCACGGGUGGGUGCCGUGUCCUCCGGGCCCUCACCCACCCUUUCUCCGACUCCGAAUCGUAAAGUCCCUGCAGCCCUUGUGUCCCAGGACAGCGAAGCACUCUUGGGCAGGAUCCUAUCUCGGUGUGGGUGGGUGUGGGAGAAUCACGGGCGGACGGGACGGCGCGGGCAAAGCCUCGGGGGUGCUGUUGACCCAUGGGCUUUUGGGAGACCGGGUUGUCGUCAGCAUGGAGCAGAAGUUGAGGAACUGGGCCUGGAGUGGCAGGCUUGAGGCUGAGAAAGCGUUGGGAUUACGUGAGGUUUUGACUAGGACGUGAUCUUAGCUGGGAUUUUACGUGUGUCCAGAUUUGCUGAGGAGGGAACAUGAGUUUGGGGUGGGGACUGUGAGGAUGGGUACGAGGAGACCGGUAAGGAGGUGCUGCAGCGGAUUCCAGGAAUGCCUUGGUGGUGGAUGUACCCGGCAAGAGUGAUGGCAGGGCUGUAUGGUCUUUGAGGAUGUGUUUGUAUACUUCUCUCGGGAAGAAUGGGAGCUUCUCGAUGAUGCUCAGAGACUCCUGUACCAUGAUGUGAUGCUGGAGAACUUUGCACUUUUAGCCUCACUGGGAAUUGCAUUUUCCAGAUCAGAUGCAGUCAUGAAACUAGAGCAAGGAGAAGAGCCCUGGGUAUAUGACCAGGUGGAUAUGACUUCAGCCACAGGAAGAGAGGCCAAGAGGGGACCUAGACCUGGUUGUUGGCAUGGAGUGGAGGAUGAGGUGGUAUCUUCUGAGCAAAGCAUUUUUGCAGGAGUGUCACAGGUCAGGACUCACCCAUGUGACAUAUGUGGCCCAAUAUUGAAAGAUAUCUUACACCUGGCUAAAUACCAUGGAGGAAAAGCCAAGCAGAAACCAUACUGGUGUGGGGCAUGUGGGAGGCAGUUCUGGUUCAAUACGAACUUUGACCAGCACCUGAACCAGCCCAAUGGAGGGAAACCCUUCCAAAGGAAGGAGAGCAGAGACUCUGUGAAAAGCUGCAGAGUCCGUAUGCCAGAGAAGACCCUCACAUGUGGGAAAGGAGGGAGAGACUUUUCAGCCACAUCUGGCCUUCAGCAUCAGGCCUCUCACAGCAGGAUGAAGCCCCACAAGAACACUAAGCUUGUAAGUGGCUUUUGCAUGGGACAGAGGUAUCACAAGUGUGGUGAAUGUGGGAAAGCCUUCACCCGCAAAGACACACUUGCUCGGCAUCAGAGAAUCCACACUGGAGAAAGGCCUUAUGAGUGUAGCGAAUGUGGGAAAUUCUUCAGCCAAAGCUACGACCUCUUUAAACACCAGACAGUUCACACUGGAGAAAGGCCAUAUGAGUGCAGCGAAUGUGGGAAGUUCUUUAGACAAAUCUCUGGCCUGGUUGAGCACAGGCGAGUUCACACAGGUGAAAGACUCUAUCAGUGUGGCAAAUGUGGGAAAUUCUUUAGCAGUAAGUCUAAUCUCAUUCGACACCAGGAAGUUCACACAGGAGCCAGGCCUUAUGUAUGCAUCGAAUGUGGGAAAGAGUUCAGUCGGAAACACACACUUGUACUGCACCAGCGAACUCACACUGGAGAAAGGCCUUAUGAGUGCAGUGAAUGUGGGAAGGCCUUUAGCCAAAGCUCCCACCUUAAUGUACACUGGAGAAUUCACAGUAGUGAUUAUGAGUGCAGCAGAUGUGGUAAGGCUUUCAGCUGCAUCUCUAAACUCAUUCAGCACCAGAAGGUUCACUCUGGAGAAAAGCCUUAUGAGUGCAGCAAGUGUGGGAAAGCCUUUACUCAAAGACCCAACCUCAUCAGGCACUGGAAGGUCCACACUGGGGAAAGGCCUUACGUGUGUAGUCAGUGUGGGAGAGAGUUCAUCCGGAAACAGACACUUGUUCUGCACCAGAGGAUUCAUGCUGGAGAAAAGCUUUAAUAGUGUAACAAAUGUGGGAGACCCUUAGGCCAAUGCCCCCAACUUACUGUAUGGUGGGGAACUAGCAGCAGUUAAUGAGAGCAGCAGAUGCAGGAAAGCCUUUGCCUGGAGGCUGAGCCUUGCCCACCAUUGGGAAUAAAACACUGGACACAGGCCUUAGCAGGCCAAGCAAUACUCAGGUUAGUAUGCUCUGUGGCAGUCCAGAGCAUAAUCACAUGAGUAUGCUCUAUGGAGUUUUGCAAGUAUUUUCAAUGACAUUUGUGAAUUUUUUUCAGUUGCUGAUGAAAAUGGGAUAUUUGAUAUGAUUUAUGAGUCUAUUUCAAAUAAUUAUGGCUAAGGAGUUAUUGGGCAGAAGGAAAUAUGGUAGAGGCUGGUGAGGAAAAUUUUUUGUGAAUAGGUUGGCUUCUAGUCCUUGGGUUGGAGGGGAUAACUAAAUGUCUUGCAAAAGACCCAAACACCUCCCAUUAGGCCCACCUCCUCCAACAUUGGUGGGGGGGUCACAUUUCAACAUGAGAUUUGGAAGGGACACAUAUCUAAACUUUAUCAGCUGUAGAUUCUAGCCUGUAAUUAAGUACUCUCCUAUACCUUUUCUGAACUCCAUCCUGCUGACCCAGCUAACUGCUAUCACGGUAAAAAGGGUGACAGCAUGAUAUGAGGCAUAACGUUAUGGACCUCCUUAUUGAGCUCUCUUGAAUGCGACUUAGUACUGGAGGGGGAGGGAAAAUUAAGAAUCAUUCAGAAGAAAGGUAACUAAAAAUAGAUGGAAGAAACCUUCAGGAAAACUGAAUUGGAUAAAAUUGUUUAGAUGGUUGAUUAAAAAUGACCUUAAACAGGAAAGGAAGAUGGAGUAGUUAAGUUACUAAAAGUAUUGAGUUACUGUAAAAAUGGUUAGCCAAUUAUUCAAAGAUCUGGAAUUAAUUAAUUCACCCUAGUCUUGGUAAUUUUUCAAAAUGUCAAAAUUAUAAAAAGGUGACAAGUAUGAUCUCUUCAGAGCAUGCUCUGAAAGAGCACCAGGAAGGCAGAUGGGGAGUAUUACGACUGAAUGAUGAUGUCAAUCAAAGAAAAUGGCCGGGCGCGGUGGCUCAAGCCUGUAAUCCCAGCACUUUGGGAGGCCGAGGCGGGUGGAUCACAAGGUCAACAGAUCGAGACCAUCCUGGUCAACAUGGUGAAACCCCAUCUCUACUAAAAAUACAAAAAAUUAGCUGGGCAUGGUGGCGCGUGCCUGUAAUCCCAGCUACUCGGGAGGCUGAGGCAGAGAAUUGCCUGAACCCAGGAGGCGGAGGUUGCGGUGAGCCGAGAACGUGCCAUUGCACUCCAGCCUGGGUAACAAGAGCGAAACUCCGUCUGAAAAAAAAAAAAAAAAAAAAGAAAA